UUUCCCUUCGGUUAAGACGCUGCUAACACGAGACCUGAUGAAGUUGGCUCUUUCCUUGUUGCUUGUGGGCGCGGUAGCCUCGUUGUGCCUGGCGGAGGCGGAGCCCGAGGCCGACCCUGCGGCAAAGCCUGCGGCAGACCCAGCGGCAGACCCAGCGGCAUGCGGAGGGAAGUUCUGCGGCGGCGGCGGAGGAGGCCUUAGUGUCAACCUGAAGGGCUCGCUCGCUAUCAACAAGGGCUUCGGAGGUGGAGGUGGUUUCCGUCGUGGAGGUUUCGGCGGUGGAAGAAGGGGUUUCCGAGGCGGGAGGUUCCACGGCGGAAGAGGCUUCGGAGGCGGGCAUCACUUCGGAGGCGGAGGCUUUGGAGGCGGAGGCUUCGGAGGCGGGCAUCACUUCGGUGGCGGAGGCUUCGGAGGCGGAGGCUUCGGCGGGCACCACGGAGGCUUCAUAGCUAAACCAGUGCUCGUCAAACCCAUUGGUCAUGGUUUUCACGGCUGCUGUGGCUGAGCUCAUGCCGUCUACCGUUUUCUUCAGGAAUAAACUCGUUCAAAACAAAAGGAACCAAAUUUAUGGGUAAACUUUAAAAUAUUAUCAUUUUCAUGUGUAUCAUUCUGUCAAUAAAAUCUUUCAGGAAGGACAUCUUUA